GUUAGCUAUAAAUUUAGCCUGUAUAGAUUAAACGCUAUUUUCAGCUGCGGAUUUAGCGAACGGAAUGUUCAAGAUACAAACAUGGAUUUAACUGGGUCUCGCUUUGCGUUAGUGAUAACUAUUGAAAUAUUGACUCUCUUUGUGUACCUCUUCUGCAUCCUAAUAAAUAUUUUGAGCGGAUCAAAGUUCUCUCAGAGAGAUACUAUAUUUACAGCUGUGGUGUUUAGUACAUGUUGUACUAUUCUUGGAAUAACCGUACUCUUUGCCUGCAGGUCACAGAACGGGGUAUCACAGAUAACAAACAGAAAGAUGUAUCACAAACUACCACCUGGCCAAAGAUUGCAUGCGUCCGACUGUGCAAUCUGUUUAUCUCCCAAGGAACCAACAUCUUCCUCCCUAGUACAACUUAGCUGCAAACACGAUUAUCAUGAGAAGUGCAUCAAGGAAUGUUUUAAGAAGACGGGAGACAACCGCUGUCCUAAAUGUAGAGCUAUCCUCCGAGAUGUUUCCACCCUGAAGUCAAACAGGUCUAGGUACCUCCCAGUUCUCCCGCUUCUCCUGGAAAUUCGUGACAAAAGAGAUAUGUCGUGGAAAGAAUCAUUUGUAUAGCCUAGAGACUUACUGGAUUUUAAGUUAUGUCGGAAAAUAAUUAAAAUAACAUCAGAGAGAAAGACAAGAAAGCUGGCUAGAGCUUAAAUAUAGACAAGAACCAAGCCUAGAUUUGAGUGGUUGUUUCGUACUUGGUUUUAGUUGUGUUGUCUUCACAUACUACAUGUAUUUUGGAUGAAGCGUGGCAGUUAUUUACAUAUAGGAGCGUGUGUUGCAAUGUAUACCGGUAUAUUAACUUUCAUGUAUAAUACUAGUACUAAGUAUUAAGUACAAAGUGUUUGCAUUGCUGCAGUAUGUACUCUUUUGUUCCAAGAGAAACUUGGCCUUUGGAUUUGUUUUAUUAUACCAAUUGAAAAAAUAGAACUUUCGUUAAAAAAAUGCGGAUCAAAUAAUAUUCCCAGUUUUUUUU